CCUGAACUAGAAAACAAAUUCCAAUAAUCCACACAGACACUUCUCCCUCUCCCUUCCACCCGCGACGGCAGGCUCUCCCUCUCUCUCACCGUCGUCCGACGUUGCUGGAUUCAUCUCUGAACCGCCGACGUCUCCUUCUCCCUUGCGUCAUCUGCAACAUCAAAAAUUUGCUUGCUUCUGAUGGAAAAGGACCAGCCGAUUUCUGUCAAAGAUGCUGUUUUUAAAUUGCAACUGGCCCUCCUUGAAGGCAUCCAAAGUGAAGACCAGCUGUUUGCAGCUGGAUCUUUGAUAUCAAGGAGUGAUUAUGAAGAUGUUGUAACCGAAAGGUCCAUUACAGAAGUGUGCAGUUAUCCAUUGUGCUGCAAUGCUUUGCCAUCUGAACGCCCUCGGAAGGGUCGAUAUCGAAUUUCAUUGAAGGAGCACAAGGUGUAUGACCUGCACGAAACAUACAUGUUUUGUUCUUCUAGUUGUGUGGUUAACAGCAAAGCUUUUGCUGGAAGCUUGAAAGAUAAGAGGUGCUUAGCUUUAGACCCGCAGAAACUAAACAAUAUUCUUAGGUUGUUUGGGAAUUCUAAUCUGGAACCAAUGGAGAAUUCGGGAAAGGAUGGAGAGUUAGGUUUGUCUAGCUUGAGAAUACAGGAUAAAACAGAAACCGUCACUGAGGUAUCUUUGGAGCAGUGGGUUGGACCAUCAAAUGCAAUUGAGGGUUAUGUACCAAAAAAAAGAGACAAUGGUUCUAAGGGUUCUCAGAAAAAUACUAAAAAAGGGUCCAAAGCUAGUCAUGGGAAGUCAAAUGGUGUCAAAAAUUUAAUUAACAGUGAGUUUGACUUUAUGAGUACUAUAAUUAUGCAAGAUGAGUAUAGUGUUUCGAAGGUAUCAUCAGGGCAAACAGAUGCAACUGUUGAUCAUCAAAUUAAGCCAACAGCCAUAUUGGAGCAGCCAAAAAGGGUUGACCAUGAAUUGGUCAGGAAAGAUGAUGAUAUACAAGAUCUGUCUUCUUCUUUUGCCAGUAGUCUAAAUUUAAGUGCCUCGAAAAAAGACAAGGAAAUAGCCAAAUCAUGUAAAAAUGUUCUCAAAGGGAAAACAAAUAGAGUCGCUGCUAAUGAUGAUUCUUCCACUUCCAAUUUUGAUCCUUCCGAUGUUGAAGAGAAAAUCCAAAUUGAAAAAGAAAUUGGAUCAUGCCAUACUAAACCCAAAUCUUCUCUUAAAUCUAAUGGUAAAAAGAAACUUGGUCGCUCUGUUACUUGGGCUGAUAAGAAAAUCGACGGUUGUGGGAGUACAGAUCUUUGUGCAUUUAAAGAGUUUGGAAACAUUAAAAAGGAAUCUGAUGUGGCAGAUAAUGUAGAUGUUGUUGAUGAUGAAGAUAUAUUACGUUCUGUAUCUGCAGAAGCCUGUGCAAUUGCAUUGAGCCAAGCAGCCGAAGCAGUUGCAUCUGGAGACUCAGAUGCCAUUGAUGCUGUUUCUGAAGCUGGAAUCAUUAUAUUGCCACAUACUGAAAAUGCUGUUGAGGAAAGUACUGUGGAUGAUGUCGAUAUUCUAGAAACAGAUUCAGUUACUCUGAAAUGGCCAAGGAAGCCUGGAAUUUCUGAUUUUGAUUUGUUCGCCUCUGAUGACUCUUGGUUUGAUGCUCCACCAGAAGGAUUUAGCUUGACUCUGUCACCUUUUGCUACUCUAUGGAAUGCCUUCUUUUCGUGGAUAACAUCAUCUUCUUUGGCAUAUAUAUAUGGGAGGGAUGUAAGUUUUUACGAAGAAUUUCUAUCAGUUGAUGGGAGAGAAUAUCCUUGCAAAAUUGUCUUGUCAGAUGGUCGAUCAUCUGAAAUAAAACAAACAUUAGCCAGUUGCCUUGCUCGAGCUUUACCUGCUGUUGUUGCUGAGCUCAAGUUGCCAAUGCCAGUAUCUACAUUAGAGCAAGGGAUGGUAUGCUUGCUGGAUACAAUGUCAUUUGUGGACCCACUACCAGGAUUCAGAUUCAAACAAUGGCAAGUUGUUGCUCUCUUGUUUGUUGAUGCAUUGUCUGUUUGUAGAAUACCUGCUCUUAUCUCAUACAUGACAGAUAGGAGGGACUUGUUUCACAAGGUUCUGAGUGGUUCACAAAUAGGUAUGGAAGAGUAUAAUGUUUUGAAGGAUCUCAUUGUACCACUUGGCCGAGCACCUCAUUUCUCUUCUCAAAGUGGAGCUUGACAGCGUAGAACUUCCAUCUUAAUCGGCCAAAAGCUAGAACUUAAUCGAACACAUUUAGGACUUUUAAUCAUCAACACAAUGUUAUCUUCUUUCUGGUUACCUUCCAAGCAUUGGAGUGUUGGGUAAAUAUGUUCAUAGACAUCAAACAUCCAAUGACAAUUACACCAUGGCUCCUAGCAACAGUGGAACAAAAUUUGUUUAUGCUACUCUAAUGCUAGUUAGUGGGUGUGAUGAUAAAUGAAAAAUUGAUAUUCAAAUAGGCAAUAUUCUGAAUUAUUGUCGUUUAAUGAAAUGUCAUUUUGUAUUAUUCUA